AUGUCUGCUUCAGUUCGAAUUCAUAGAAAAGUGUCUGGAAGAACGAAACGAAACCGGACCUAUGCAGUUCUAAAUUACUAUGACGUCCUUAGGCCAAAACUGAAAGCAAACAUGAGGUUUGAUCACUGCCGAAAAUCCAGCUCAAUCUCUCCAGUUAUUGUUGUGAUGCCUUAA